CCGCGCAGGCGCAGUGCGAGGUUUUCUAUUGGAUUUCCGUUCUUCUUUUGACAGCGGCGCAGGCUGAUGACGUCACUGGAGAGGGCGGUCCGCUGUGGAGAGAUCGGAGGCCGGGUGUGAACGGGGGAGACGGAGGAGCAGUAACCGGGAAUAUGAGUUGCACCAUUGAGAAGGUUUUGUCGGACGCCAAGUUACUGGUGGAGAGACUGCGGGAACAUGACAGCGCCGCAGAGUCUCUCAUCGAGCAGACCACUGUGCUCAACAAGAGGGUGGAGGCCAUGAAGCAGUAUCAGGAUGAGAUCCAGGAGCUGAAUGAGGUGGCGAGACAUCGGCCGCGGUCCACACUGGUGCUGGGUAUUCAGCAGGAGAACAGGCAGAUCCGGGAGCUCCAGCAGGAGAACAAAGAGCUGCGCACGUCUUUGGAAGAACAUCAGUCUGCGCUGGAGCUGAUUAUGAGCAAAUACCGAGAGCAGAUGUUCCGCUUACUCAUGGCGAGCAAGAAAGACGACCCGGGGAUCAUCAUCAAACUGAAGGAUCAGCAUUCAAAGGAGUUACAGAAUCAUAUGGAUAAGAUCUCGGAGAUGACGGCGGUGAUGAAGCGAGCGAUAGAACUGGAUGAACAGUUUGGUAAUGGAGAUUGUGACCGGAUCCUGAAGCUCGAGGAAGAGAAUCGGGGUUUACGGGAAAUCCUACAGAUCACUCGGGAGUCGUUCCUCAACCUCCGGAAAGAGGAGUCACAGGAGAACCCGUCUCUGUCCGUCUUAGUCCACAGCAACGAUCACAACUUAAGGAAAAGCUGAGUGUCCAGAACAGACGCUUGUAGGAGAGAAGGAAACCAAAGAAGGACUCUCCUGCCCCUAGUGGUUUACUGGAGUACUGACAUUUCCCCAGAUCGCUCAUGUACAGUUAUAAAUUUCCGCUUCCCCAGAGAUGUUAUUUUACUACUUGCGCUAGAUGGCGCCAUUAUUUAUAGGGCAUUAUUUAGCAAAUAUUUUACUCUGAAAACUAUUUUUAAGGAGAAAUAUCUGAGAGACGUCUGUAAAGAUUGUGAAGAAUAUUUUUAUUAUGCGGAUGGAGAUGACGUCACAUUCCUUGGCCGAUCUGUAUAGUAUAUAUUCGUAAUGACAGUGACACUUGUUUUUCUAUACACAGUUACGGUCGACAUUUGUGGGAAAGAUGGGUGUUACAGUAUUGUGGCCAGAACAGCAUCAACAGGGGGGAGGUGACUUCGCUUUCUAAGGCUUCUGAAUGGGGAAUCACAUUUGUUAUAGAGGGAUAUAUCCCUGGGGUGGUAACCGGUUCUGCUCCCUCAGGCCUUUGCACCCAGCUUUCCUGUAUUCCUGAAGGGUAAUCUUACUACUCAUAAAAUGAUAUACGGCUCCUGUAUUGCUUUCAUUCAGAGGCAGGGUCUUCUGGGAGUGAUAAUGGCGGCCAUAUUGGCGGUCACCCAACUUUUCCUGAAAUAUAUUUGGGGGAUGGUGUAGUUGAAAAAACAUUUUUUUCAUACACUUUGUGAAUAAAUAUGGAGUUAAAGGGGAACUCCGGCCCUAAGACAUCUUAUCCCCU